CCCACGAGAUUGAGCUGAAAAAAGAAAUGAAAAAAACUCUCCCAAAGCCUGUCUCUCUCGUCCUCCCUCUCUAUCCAUCAUAGCAAACACCCAAAUUCACCUACCCAUGUAAUCCUCGGAUCUUCCACCUUCGAAUUUCCGAUGGCGUUUCCCUACACAAACCUCAUGCUCUCUCUCUCUCUCUCUCUCUCUCUACCUCUCCCUCGCCCUCUCCGCCUUCAUCCUCGCUGAAUGCCGUCCCAUUGGUGUAAAGGAAUCUGGUCAUCAGAUCUGAGGAAGAAUGUGCAUCUGGUGUUGAAGAAGUGUGAGAGCCCAUCACCACGGUCACCUCCUCGGACUCGACCUUGGCCGCAAUGGUCGUCGCCCAUUUCCUCAUCUCCGCCUGUGCAGACAUUGAUUUUCUGUGCCAUGAUUUGCAAGAAGGAAGAUAUCUUGCCGAACUAUGAUUUCCAGCCCAUCCGUCCCAUCACUGGAGCCUCUUCGCAAUCCCCAAGUUUUGAUGCUACACCUAAUCUCGGAGGUGGAGGAGGAUCCACUAGGGCUUGGAACUCCCAAGAGUCCAAGUCCAACACCAAUACUCCCAUCAGAAAUUAUGGUUCUGUGGAUUCCUUCAAACGUUCAAAAGAUGUUGUGGAGAAGGACCGAAAUGUUCCUGAUGCUACAAUCAUAUCAGAGAUUGACCACACCAUGAAGAAGUAUGCUGAUAAUUUACUUCAAGUUAUGGAAGGUAUUAGUGCACGACUAACACAACUUGAGAGCAGAACCCGCCACCUUGAGAAUUAUGUUGAUGAUUUGAAGGUAUCUGUGGGAAACAAUCAUGGAAAUGCUGAUGGAAAGAUGAGACAAAUGGAGACUAUUCUUAGAGAUGUGCAAACAGGUGUUCAGGAUUUGAAGGAUAAGCAAUCAAUAGUAGAGGCUCAGAAACCAAUCUAGCUGAUGUCUUUAAGAUUAUGGAAUGCUUUCUUUCAGGCUGGUAAAUAUGCAAAGGAGAUGACACAACAGAAACCAAUCUAGCUAAAAGAGAGGUUUCUGUUCUUGAAAAUGUGUAUUGGAAGCAACUUGGAAUUAUUGCUACUGAGUGGCUCAUAAUACUUGGAUUGCAGAUUGCCAAGAUUACGGCUUGUUUUUUUUGCUGAUCCCCAAAAAAACUGCUCUUAUAGAAAUUGAUUUAAUUUAUGUAGAAGUAAAAGUAUUGCUGCCUGAUUUUGGAGGUUGUGCAUAUUGAACAGGGAGAGGUAUGAAGUGGUUUCAAAGAUCUGGCAUACACAGAGUGGGGAACGAGGUCAAAUUUGGUUUACACAGACAAGGAUAUUGAUGAGAUCCGAGCGGAAUGGGCUAAGCAUGUUUUGAAGUUCCUAGAAAAUUAAGUAUCAGCCUAUAUAAAUGCUUUUGUUUCUGUUGAUGGAAAGUGUUGAACAAAUGCAUGCAGUUGCUGUAACUACUCUAUGGAUGCUACUAGGUUUUUGUCUUAGUUAGAUUAGGAUCCGUGCAACAAUGGCAGUAAUUAAAAUCAGUUAAUGUAAAGGCUAGCAUGCUAGCUAGUUUAGUAUUAUGCUACUGAUGGAAAUGUAUUUUGGUGGGUUAAUUUAUGCAAUGA